AUUGGUGACAUCUUGGCGGGCCCGCCGGUGGCACUUCCUCCUUUACACCCCGUGACCCACGUCCGGCUCGCCGCCCUCCCAGUCACGCGGCCUCUGCCUCCGGGACGCAGCCCCGUGCGCCGGCCUUCCGCACUCCAGGCCCCGGAUCCGUCGUGGUUAAUAACAAAAGGAGGUGCACCUGGCCUUUCCGCGGAAUCUUCUCCGUUUUUAAGCGUCGGGUGGAGUUGGGGGUCCUUUGGCUGUAAACUGCGCUUGCUGGUUGAAAAUAGAAAUCGGUCCUGCUCUCUUCAGCGGACGAUUCGUUACCUACCUGGAGUGUCUUCGACUGUGGGCAUCCCCCGCUGUUCUUUAAGCCACACAAAGCUGCACCCGAGCUUGUUUGACGUCUGCUCUGUCGAGUGUCCAUGAUGUUGGGCCCUGAGGGAGGUGAAGGCUUUGUGGUCAAGCUCCGUGGCCUGCCCUGGUCCUGCUCUGUUGAGGAUGUGCAGAAUUUCCUCUCCGACUGCACGAUCCAUGACGGGGUCGCAGGUGUUCAUUUUAUCUACACUAGAGAAGGCAGGCAGAGUGGUGAGGCUUUUGUUGAACUUGAAUCAGAAGAUGAUGUAAAAUUGGCCCUUAAAAAAGACAGGGAAAGCAUGGGACAUCGGUACAUUGAAGUGUUCAAGUCCCACAGAACCGAGAUGGAUUGGGUGUUGAAGCACAGUGGUCCAAAUAGUGCUGACACUGCCAAUGAUGGUUUCGUGCGACUUCGAGGACUCCCGUUUGGAUGCACCAAGGAAGAGAUCAUUCAGUUCUUCUCAGGGUUGGAAAUCGUGCCAAACGGGAUCACAUUGCCUGUGGACCCCGAGGGCAAGAUUACAGGGGAAGCCUUUGUGCAGUUUGCCUCACAGGAGUUAGCAGAGAAGGCUCUAGGGAAGCACAAGGAGAGAAUAGGGCACAGGUAUAUUGAGGUGUUCAAGAGCAGUCAGGAAGAAGUUAGAUCAUACUCGGAUCCCCCACUGAAGUUCAUGUCAGUGCAGCGGCCAGGGCCCUAUGACCGCCCUGGCACAGCCAGGAGGUAUAUUGGCAUUGUCAAGCAGGCAGGCCUGGAGAGGAUGAGGUCUGGGGCCUACAGUGCAGGCUAUGGGGGUUAUGAGGAGUACAGCGGCCUCAGUGAUGGCUACGGCUUCACCACCGACCUGUUCGGGAGAGACCUCAGUUACUGUCUCUCUGGGAUGUAUGACCACAGGUAUGGAGACGGCGAGUUCACUGUCCAGAGCACCACUGGACACUGCGUCCACAUGAGAGGGCUGCCCUACAAAGCUACAGAGAACGACAUUUACAACUUCUUCUCCCCGCUCAACCCUGUGAGAGUCCACAUUGAGAUUGGCCCUGAUGGAAGAGUGACCGGCGAAGCUGAUGUUGAGUUUGCCACUCACGAAGAAGCCGUGGCAGCAAUGUCCAAAGACAGGGCCAACAUGCAACAUAGAUACAUAGAACUUUUCUUGAAUUCCACAACUGGGGCCAGCAAUGGGGCAUAUAGCAGCCAGAUGAUGCAAGGCAUGGGGGUGUCAACCCAGUCCACUUACAGUGGCCUUGAGAGCCAGUCUGUGAGUGGCUGUUACGGGGCUGGCUAUGGUGGCCAGAACAGCAUGGGUGGAUAUGACUAGUUUUGUAGUAGAGUUAUUUCAGUCAAAUUUUCACAGGCAGCCAACAAGCAGUGAAAAGCAGUUAUUACUCUAGAGGAAGCUAUGGGACCCAUUUUGCACCAUGAGUUUGUGAAAUCUGGAUUAAAAAAUUACCUCUUCAGUGUUUUCUCAUGCAAACUUUCUUCUAGCAUGUGAUAUUAAGUAAACUAAAACUAUUUUCAGCUUUUCUCAAUUAACAUUUUGGUAGUGUACUUCUGGAGUGAUGUUAUCUGAGUUUAAAGUAGUUUUAAGUAUGUUAAAUGUGGAUCUUUUACACCACAUCAUCGUGAACACAUUGGGGAGGUGUGCUUUUUUGGAAAACUCAAGGUGCUAGAUCCCUAAUUCAAAGAGGACAUUUCUCAUGUUUGUUCAUUCUAGUUUAUUUUCAUUUAAAAUCUCUUAGGUUAAGUUUAAGCUUUUUAAAAGUUAGUUUUGAAAUUUGAGACACAUUACUAAUACUGUAGGAAUUGGUGAGGCCUUGACUUAAAAAACUUUCUUUGUACUGUGAUUUCCUUUCGGGUGUAUUUUGCUAAGUGAAACUUGUUAAAUUUUUUUGUUAACUAAAUUUUUUUCUUAAAAUAAAAAGACUUUUUCACAAUGA